GGUGGAUCAGAGAGAGAGAGAGAGAGAGUGUGUGUGAGUUACUGACUACAUGCACUCUUAUCCGGCUGCCGUUAUUCAAGAGUGUGAGCAUCGGAUAAGCGUAGCAGUCACGUUCCGAGGGGUUGUCCUGGUCAACAGACCUGAGGUAUCGUUGUCGGAUCAGGACCUUGUCUUGUGUUUUUUUUUGGAGGGGACUGGCUCAAGGAGACAGCUGGCGGAAGUGAGUCAAUACGUCUCUCUUGUUUGUACCUCGAGGGAUUGAGUUUACAUUCACAAAGCCGGGGAAAUAACUCACAAUCGAGAAUGAGCAACGUUGAUGUCAAGUUUUUUGUUGUUGCCGCUGCACAGGGAGCACAGCACCAUUCGGCCCGUCCGUUUUUUUUUCUUUCUUUUUUCUUCAAUUGGCCCACAGUAACCCCUCAGGCUAGCUUGGUAUUUCAAUUAGAAUCAUCGAGCCUUUCUGUUUAACAAAACGUUCAACACCGGUUUGUGUCGUUGUUUAGACAUCGAGACCAAAUUGCCCUGGACAAACUUGUCGACUGUCAUUAAGGGAUCGGCCUGUCUUGAGGUGAACCAAAGUGACAGAGUCUUCGGGGAAGACGAACGGAUAUGUAAUCGGUUUUUACGGCUGAACAAUGUCAACAAAAACAUCUAAUUUAAAUUCCGAUUUGAAGCUGAAACUCAACUGACCUGCGAAAGUUUGUUUACAAAUUUGGAUUUAGUUCGGGUUCGGUUGCUCUUGCGAAAAAUAGCGCUUGGGAAAUGCAUUAGUGGAACCUUUUAAAGAUGAAUUUCAGGAACUCCCACACAGUGUCCAACUUCUAAAACUGUAACAGAAAGACUGACCACUGUAUCACAGGAGAUAUUUAGUCAAUUUAAAAAAUUUUAGGCAGUGAUCGGGGGACAAAAACUCUCCAAAACUGCAACAAUGGUUCACUGGGUAGUUCUCGUUGCCGUGGUGAUUGUCAUCGCCAUUCUCGUCCAGGCCGUCAUGGACAGACAGUUUUUGAACGUCAGUGGACGUUACGUUCUCAUCACGGGCUGCGACACCGGGUUUGGUUACCUUCUGGCCCGCACGCUGUCCCACAAGAGGAGACUCAACGUCAUUGCGACGUGCCUGACCAAAGCAGGGAUGCAGAAGUUUCAAGAGAAUGGGGACGGUGCGAUCGGGAGGAUCACCCCGAUACAGAUGGACGUGACGAACAGCGAGAGUAUCCAUCAAGCCCUGGCAAAAGUCACACAGAUCCUCCCUGAAAACACAGGUCUGUGGGGACUGAUCAACAACGCUGGUAUCAACGGACCAAUCGGCUGCUACGAUUGGCUCAAACGCGAUGAGAUCACGCGCGUUCUGGAGGUCAACCUCGUCGGUAGCAUUGAGGUUGCGAACGUCUUCUUCCCGCUGAUCAGGAAAGCGCAGGGACGCAUCGUCAACAUGUCGAGCAUGGUCGGUAUAUUCCCGACGGUGUCCAUGGUGUACGCACUCUCCAAGGCAGGCGUGGAGGCCUUCUCCGAUAACAUACGGGUGGUGAUGAAGAACCUGGGUGUAUCUGUACACAUCCUGGAGCCAGCGGCGUUCAAGACCAACCUGACCAACCCAGAGGUCGCCGAGGAAUCUCUGAGGAUGGUCUGGGACAGGCUGUCAGAGGAGGAGAAGACAGCGGCUGGUGGGGAGGUGGUCUACCGCACCAUGCAACGCAGCCUACGAGGCACGCUCAGCAGAGCUUCCCCGAAUCUCCACUUGGUAACGGACGCUGCUGAGCACGCUCUUUGCGCAAGGUGGCCGUGGAGACGCUAUCUACCUGGCGCAGAGGCAAAGUUCUUCUGCAAGCCGAUGUCCAUGCUCCCGGCGUUUAUCGCGGACUACAUCAUAUUAUGGAUUAAAGCUGACAUCAUGCGCGUCCGACCGGAAGACACAGUUGAAGACAAGUAAUUUUUAAUGAGCAAUAAAAUAUACCCGAGUUCAACCUCAUCUUUUAAAUCCCCCCCCCCCCACAAAAAAUGUCGAUGAUGGCCUACUAAGGCAUUAAUAUUUUUGGGGAAAAACAUUAGUUGUGCGGUAUACAAUUGUAAGAUUUUUUACGUCUUAACCAUCGAUACUUUUGAUAUGCACUUGUUUGUGAUAAUGAUUUUAAAGUGUUUGAAUUAAUUUUGUCAAGAUGCAGUGGGGAAAAAUUCAAUGUUUGGUGCUUGGUAUUUGUGUUGGCCUACACCCCCCCCCCCAAAGUCUAUUGUGUCUUUUGUGUGUUCUGGGAGUCUCAGGGAUUCUGUAGAGGUUUUUCGGCGUUA